AUGCUCGCCUGCCGCGGGCCCGGCGCGGCUGUUUACCGAAACCGCGGAGAGGAUGGGCCGGCAUUGGGCGUCGCGCGCCGAAUACGAAUGGGCCCGGCCGCAAGGUCACUCGCCUCGAGCGCAGAUUUGAAUCCGGCCGUUGUGUCGGUGGCGGCGGCAGUCGCGGCACGCACGCGGGAACUGGCGUUCCCACAGGCGAGCCAGCGGGGAAGCCGAUCCUGGCACCAGCCCCAUGAAGGCCGCGGGCCGGCCUUGCGGCCACCGGCAGCGCCACCAGGGGCCAGGGGCCGUUCACCCCGGCCGCCGCCGCCGCCGCCAACGCCGCCCCCGCUUGGCGGCUCACUCCCACGCAACGAUUUGGUCCGCGGCGGGUUCCAGCCGCGCCUUCCGACUUCGCUGCCGCCCCCAGGGCAGCAGCAGCAGCCGUCGCCGCUACCACGCCGACAGCCCGUCCCGUUGAUGCCUCCCGCGCAGCUUCAUCCGGGAGCGCCCCAGGUGGUCGCUCCGGCGCCUGCGGUCCCUCUUCAGUCGCCACCGCCUUCGGAGCUGAUGGACGUCGACCCCUCAGCCGGGCCGCCUUCCCAAGCGGUGGCUGUGCAGCCUGUCCUGCAGCCGCUUUCCUUGGGCACCCCCAAGGAGUCUGACACCGCAGCGCCUUGUCCGGCGCCCACUCAGCAGCCGUCGACGCAGCGUCAGGAGACGCUGCCUCUCUUCGUGGGUCCCGACGCCCCGUCGCGUCCAGUACCAGAAGCUGCGCCCGUGGUCACAGCCCGCCAAGAUCGGAUUACGCGUUCAGCAGAAGAGCCAGCCGAGUACGUGUGUGUGUGGCUUGCAUUUCUGCGCGCCGCGUUCUGCGCGGCGGCGGCGGCGGCGCUAGCGGCGCGGCGCGCGUCUUCCGGAAGUGCGUGGCAUAGCGCAGGCCGGUGGCGGAGCGCGCGCGCGCGACGUAGGCGGGACCUUGCCCCCGAGGCGCGCCAUCUCGCGGACUUCCUGGUAGCGCGCGUGCCAGGCGACCGCCGCGGCGGCCGAGCCAAGGACGCCGGUCGUGCGUGGCCGGCCGGGUCGCGGCUCGCGGGCAUUCCUCGCGCUACCCCUGCUCAUCGCGCAUGCCGGCCGCCGCGCCGCAAGGUCGAGGACGAACGACAACCCCGGGGUGCCGCGCCAGGACAGACGCUUCGCGCAUCGCCGCUCCCGUUGCCCGCCUGCCGUGGCGCCCACUGA